GAUCCAUACCGUGAUCCACCUGAAUUAGAUUAAAGCCACCACAAACUAGUGACUGGACCGAACGCCUCUUCAUAUCAUUAACCAGGCAACAACUUGAUCGUGCCACGGGGUCUUCGGGGAUGUGUUCCAUCUUGGGAAACGUCCAUACUGUGAGAAUGGAUCCUGAAUCAGUCCACAGAUUAGCUGUCUCAGAUAUUCAAUAGGACUUCUGGCUGAGAUUACUGUGGAGACUGGCGGAAUCACCGGACAACGGUCUUCCAUAUGCCGAAGCAAUAUAAAGAUGUAUAACCCAGAGCACCCUCUGACUCCUCCCUAGCAAUCCAAACUCAAGACUGGUUCUUGUCAUUCAUUCAUUCAUUCAUUCUGUCUUCCAUUUCUUCGCUCUUUCAGUCAUUCUCUAAUUCCCCGACAAGUUCGGCAUACAUUCAUUCACAAUGAGAAUCGGCAAUUUGAUUGUGGCAGCAAGCGCUGCAAGCCUGGUGCAUGCGUACCCUACACGUGACAUCAAAAAGCGUGGCUCGGGAUUCACUUGGUUCGGCGUUAGCGAAUCUGGCGCUGAAUUUGGAUCCAGCAUCCCAGGAACCCUUGGCACCGACUACACCUGGCCCGAUACCUCCAAGAUACAGACUCUCAGGAACGAUGGAAUGAACGUCUUCCGUAUUCCCUUCCUCAUGGAGCGUCUGGUGCCCAGUAAGAUGACUGGAACCCCGGAUGCGACUUACUUGAAGGACCUGAAAUCGACCGUACAGGCCGUCACUGACAGCGGUGCUUAUGCUGUCCUGGACCCCCACAACUACGGCAGAUACUCUGGAAGUAUCAUCUCUUCUACAUCCGACUUCCAAGCUUUCUGGAAGACCGUCGCUGGAGAAUUCGCGUCUAACGAGAAGGUCAUCUUCGAUACCAACAACGAGUACCACGACAUGGAGCAGUCUCUCGUCCUCAGUCUGAACCAGGCUGCAAUUGACGGUAUUCGCGCGGCCGGAGCUAAGACACAAUACAUCUUUGUUGAAGGCAACUCGUACUCGGGUGCCUGGAAGUGGGCGAACACCAACGACAACCUCAAGGGGCUGACCGACCCAGAAGACAAGGUCGUUUAUGAGAUGCACCAGUAUCUCGACUCGGAUGGAUCUGGUACCUCUGAAUCUUGUGCCAGCUCGACCAUCGGCAAGGAGAGACUGCAGACUGCUACAGAGUGGCUGAAGACCAACAACAAGAAGGGUUUCCUGGGUGAAUUUGCCGGCGGUGUUAACAGCCAGUGUGAGCAAGCCGUCGAAGGCCUCCUCUCUUACAUGUCGGACAACUCCGACGUCUGGAUGGGCGCUGAAUGGUGGUCUGCUGGCCCCUGGUGGGGUUCUUAUAUGUACAGCAUGGAGCCGGAAAGUGGAACUGCCUAUUCGACAUACCUUCCUAUCUUGAAGAAGUAUUUCGUCAAUGGCACUGGCUCCAGCCCUAGCUCCUCGGCUACUGCAACCCCAUCCUCAACCGCCGCCGCCAGCACCUCCAUCUCUCCUAUUGUUUCGACUACCACUAGUGAAGUUGAAUCCUCUGCUACUACCAGCGCUGUUGAAACCCCCUCCACCACUUCCAAAUCGGAGCCCGUCGCAACACCCACCCCUUCUCACCAAGCUCCCCAUCCAACAUCUGACUCUUCCAGUGGUGGUGCCAGCACCACCGUCAGCGUGUCCACCACCGGCACUCCGACGACUCUAUCGACUUCUGGUAGCUGUGGAUACCGUACCACCGUCACCGUGACAGCCAGCCGGUCGACCGCGGCCCCCAGCAGCUCCGCUAGCGUCGCUGCCCACUACGAGCAGUGCGGUGGAAUCAACUACACCGGUCCCACCACCUGCGCGAGCGGAUACAAGUGCGUCAAGCAGAACCCGUACUACCACCAGUGCGUCUAGAUGGGAGCAGCGGUGAGGUGGUGAGUUGAUAUUGUUUUGAUCAAAUUCUUCACU